AAAAGAGAAAACCACAGAAAGCAGUUUGCUUCUACCUUUUAUUUUUGUCUAUAUAACAACAAUAACAACACUGGCCUAUCAAUUUACACAUAAAACUCACUCUCUCACUCUCUCACUCUCUCACUGUCGGCGAAGUAACAUUUUCACUUUUCCGGCUCCGAUUCUGCUCGGAAAAAACAACUCCGGCAGAAAAUGCAGCUCUCUCCGGUCAUGUUAGCCACACUCUGCAUUGUCCUGCAGCUUCUAAUUGGCUCGUCUGCUUUGUCUACGACCAAUCGCCACGUGUCAAACUCUCAUUGGCUUCCCGCAGUCGCUACAUGGUACGGAAGCCCCAACGGCGACGGCAGCGACGGAGGAGCGUGUGGUUACGGUACGUUGGUGGAUGUGAAGCCGUUACAUGCGAGAGUUGGAGCGGUGAAUCCUAUUCUCUUCAAAAACGGUGAAGGUUGCGGCGCUUGUUACAAGGUUCGGUGCUUGGACAAAAGCAUUUGUUCCCGGAGGGCCGUCACCGUUAUAAUCACCGAUGAGUGUCCCGGCUGCUCUAAAACCAGCACUCACUUUGACCUCAGUGGUGCCGUCUUCGGCCGGUUGGCUAUUGCCGGAGAGUCUGGCCCUCUCCGUAACCGUGGGCUAAUCCCCGUCAUUUAUCGCCGGACUGCAUGCAAAUAUAGAGGGAAGAACAUAGCAUUCCAUGUGAACGAAGGAUCAACUGAUUUUUGGCUAUCUUUGCUGGUCGAGUUUGAAGACGGAGAAGGAGACAUUGGCUCCAUGCACAUUCGCCAAGCAGGAGCGAGGGAAUGGUUAGAGAUGAAGCAUGUAUGGGGAGCCAACUGGUGCAUCGUUGGAGGACCACUCAAGGGACCAUUCUCCAUAAAGCUCACCACUUUGUCUGCCGGUAAAACACUCUCCGCCACCGACGUUGUCCCUAGAAACUGGGCUCCCAAAGCAACUUACAGUUCCCGCCUCAAUUUCUCCCCCGUUCUCUGAACCAACUCUUCUACAUAGUCAAAGACUAUUAUUGUUCCUAUUAUACUACUACUCGUGUGAUCGUUUUUUGAAGAGAGAAACAGAGUGACUGCUGGCCGUAGGAUGGAAACAAUAAGAAAAGUACAUCCGAAUCAACGGCUCUUGCGUUCUCUCCUCUUCCUUCUUGUGUGCUGUGGAUUUGUGUGUGUGUUGUGAUGUGUCGGUGAGUGUGUUAGGAGUCACUGUAGCCAUCUUCAAAGGGGAGAUAGAGCUAGAAGUAGUAUUUGGUGGUGUCAUGUCUUUUGUUUUUUCGAUAUAAUUCUUGUCACUAUCUCUUUCUAUUAUGGGACAUGACAUUAUAUAUCAUAUGAAUAAUUUAUCACUAUGUCUUUCUAUUGUGGGACAUUACAUAAUAAUGUAUCAUAUGACAAUUGUACACUACUAAAGAGAGAGCAUUGAUAUUCUACCA